GCCUUCCGGCGUGGAGUUUGUCACGUGCCCGGAUACGGGAAGUGGUAGGGGAACGCCCGCUUCCGGUUCCGUGCUUUAUUGAGGGGUGAAUCCUAGUGGCAGUGGCCGCGCAGGCCCCAUCCCGUCUCCGUGUUGGAGGACCCGCCUCGGCACUGCCGGGCUCGGUCCGGCCUUGCGCUGAGAAAAGAUGACAGCAAUCAAGCAUGCAUUACAAAGAGACAUUUUUACACCGAAUGACGAACGUCUGCUCAGCAUUGUGAAUGUCUGCAAAGCAGGAAAAAAGAAAAAGAACUGCUUUUUGUGUGCCACAGUGACAACGGAACGCCCCGUGCAAGUGAAGGUGGUCAAAGUUAAGAAAUCUGAUAAAGGUGAUUUCUACAAAAGGCAAAUUGCUUGGGCCCUUCGAGACCUUGCUGUGGUAGAUGCCAAAGAUGCUAUCAAAGAAAAUCCUGAAUUUGAUUUACAUUUCGAAAAAAUAUAUAAAUGGGUUGCCAGCAGCACUGCUGAAAAGAACACAUUUAUUUCAUGCAUUUGGAAGUUGAAUCAGCGGUAUCUCAGGAAGAAAAUUGAUUUUGUCAAUGUUAGCUCACAGCUUUUGGAAGAACUGCCUAAAGUUACAGAAGAAUCUGUUCCAAGUGGAGAAAAUCAGAGUGUGGCAGGAGGUGAUGAAGAAGCAGUAGAUGAAUACCAGGAGUUAAAUGCAAGAGAAGAGCAGGAUAUUGAAAUAAUGAUGGAAGGCUGUGAAUAUGCAAUCUCUAAUGCUGAGGCCUUUGCAGAAAAAUUAUCCAGAGAGCUGCAGGUGCUAGAUGGGGCCAACAUCCAGUCAAUCAUGGCCUCCGAGAAACAAGUGAACAUCCUGAUGCAAUUGCUGGAUGAGGCUCUAAAGGAGGUGGAUCAGAUUGAGUUGAAACUGAGCAGUUAUGAGGAAAUGCUCCAAAGCGUAAAAGAACAAAUGGAUCAGAUCUCUGAAAGCAACCACCUAAUUCAUCUUAGUAACACUAAUAUUGUAAAACUCCUGUCCGAGAUAGAGUUCCUUGUGAACCACAUGGACUUAGCUAAAGGACACAUAAAGGCCCUUCAGGAAGGAGAUCUUGCUUCUUCCAGAGGUAUUGAGGCCUGCACCAAUGCUGCCGAUGCCCUUCUGCAGUGCAUGAAUGUAGCUCUUCGACCAGGCCAUGACAUGCUUUUGGCGGUCAAACAGCAACAGCAGCGUUUCAGUGACUUGCGAGAGCAUUUUGCCCGGAGACUGGCCAAUCACCUCAACAAUGUCUUUGUUCAGCAGUUUACUCAGGCCCUCCUUCAACUCUAUAACAGGUCCUACUUUCUUUCGGUUCCUGGUCAUGAUCAGAGUUCAACUCUCGCUCAACAUUCUGUUGAACUGACUUUACCCAAUCAUCAUCCAUUUCAUAGAGAUUUACUCCGCUAUGCCAAGCUGAUGGAGUGGCUAAAGAGUACAGAUUAUGCAAAAUAUGAGGGACUGACAAAGAAUUACAUGGAUUAUUUAUCCCGACUCUAUGAAAGAGAAAUUAAAGAUUUCUUUGAAGUUGCAAAGAUCAAGAUGACUGGCACAACUAAAGAAAGCAAGAAGUUUGCUACACUGCCUCGAAAAGAAAGUGCUGUCAAACAAGAAACAGAGAGUCUUCAUGGAAGUUCAGGGAAAUUAACUGGAUCUACUUCUAGUCUAAAUAAACUGAGCGUUCAAAGUUCAGGAAGUCGCAGAUCUCAGUCAUCUUCCUUGUUGGAUAUGGGAAAUAUGUCUGCCUCUGAUCUCGAUGUUGCUGACAGAACCAAGUUUGAUAAGAUCUUUGAACAGGUACUGAGUGAACUGGAGCCCCUAUGUCUGGCCGAACAGGACUUCAUAAGUAAAUUUUUCAAACUGCAGCAACAUCAAAGUUUGCCUGGAACUAUGACUGAGGCAGAGGAUCUGGAUGGAGGAACCCCAUCACGGCAGCAUAAUUCUGGUGUGCCACUGCCUGUUUCAUCUGAGAAAGAUAUGAUCCGCCAAAUGAUGACUAAAAUAUUCCGCUGUAUUGAGCCAGAACUGAACAACCUAAUUGCAUUAGGAGAUAAAAUUGAUAGCUUCAACUCCCUUUACAUGCUAGUCAAAAUGAGUCAUCAUGUGUGGACUGCCCAAAAUGUGGACCCUGCUUCCUUUCUGAGUACCACAUUGGGAAAUGUUUUGGUGACUGUCAAAAGGAAUUUUGACAAAUGCAUUAGUAACCAAAUAAGGCAAAUGGAAGAAGUAAAGAUUUCAAAGAAGAGUAAAGUUGGAAUUCUUCCAUUUGUUGCUGAAUUUGAAGAAUUUGCGGGACUCGCAGAAUCAAUCUUUAAAAAUGCUGAGCGUCGUGGAGACCUAGAUAAAGCAUACACCAAACUUAUCAGAGGAGUGUUUGUUAAUGUGGAGAAAGUAGCAAACGAAAGCCAGAAGACCCCCAGGGAUGUGGUUAUGAUGGAAAAUUUUCACCAUAUUUUUGCAACUCUUUCUCGUUUGAAAAUCUCAUGUCUAGAAGCUGAAAAAAAAGAGGCCAAACAGAAAUACACAGAUCACCUUCAGUCUUAUGUCAUUUACUCCUUAGGACAGCCUCUUGAAAAGCUAAAUCAUUUCUUUGAAGGCGUUGAAGCUCGAGUAGCACAGGGUAUAAGAGAGGAGGAAGUAAGCUACCAACUUGCAUUUAACAAACAAGAACUUCGUAAAGUUAUUAAAGAGUAUCCUGGAAAAGAAGUAAAAAAAGGUCUGGAUAACCUCUACAAGAAGGUUGACAAACACUUGUGUGAAGAGGAGAACUUACUUCAGGUGGUGUGGCACUCUAUGCAAGAUGAAUUUAUACGCCAGUACAAGCACUUUGAAGGUUUGAUAGCUCGCUGUUACCCUGGCUCUGGUGUUACAAUGGAAUUCACUAUUCAGGACAUUCUGGAUUAUUGUUCCAGCAUUGCACAGUCCCACUAAACCUUGUGAAAGAAGAAAAGAUAAAUGAAUAAAGCACACCAGACACUAUACCAAAAUAUCAAGCAACUGCUUUGAGAAUGCAUACUUAAAAUGUAUGUAUUAAUAAAUGUCAGAUAAAUGGGUAGUGCCAUACUACAAAUAUUUAAGUGCAAAAAUACAACCUAUGUGCAGUUUUGCUCAGUAGGUUGUGUAUUAACUUAAAGCAUUUAUCUCAGCAUAAAAUGCUGUUAGCAUUUUUCAGUGACUGAACAGGAAAUUUUUCUUUAUUGCCUGGUUUCUUGUGUUUCAGAGUGGUUAUCCUAGGAGUAGGGCAUUGGGAGUUCUUCAGCUUUCACUACUUCUUACAAAUCAUGUAACUACUAAAAUAUUUUACAGAAUUUUUUUUCCCACUGUCUAACAGGUAUGUAUAUAGAUAAGGGAACUAAUGUGAUGAUCAAUUGUAAGCUUAGAUUUUGAGGAUUAUGCAACUCUGUGUAGUAUUAAAUGUGAAAUAAAGAAUUUUUCAAAAAA